GCGGACCGAAGAGAUGUGGUGGCGCUAUGUCGCUCGUGGCGCGUGUCUUUUUCACGAGUGUCUUCUCCGCGAGUUCAUUCUUCGUCUUCGCUGAGCCCUCGACGCGGCUCGGCCGCAACUGCGAGCCCAUCCGCGUGGACCUGUGCAAGGGUCUCGGCUACAAUGUCACCGCCAUGCCGAACCUCGUCGGGCACGAGCUCCAAGGCGACGCCCAGUUCACCCUGGAGACCUUCAAGCCCCUCAUCCAGUACGGCUGCUCAGCCCAGCUCCACUUCUUCCUGUGCUCCGUCUACGUCCCCAUGUGCACGGAGAAAGUCUCCACCCCCAUCGGGCCCUGUCGGAGCCUGUGCGAGUCUGUUCGGAGUCGGUGUUUCCCGGUUCUGCAAGGGUUCGGGUUCCCGUGGCCGGCGGCCCUCAAGUGCGCCAAGUUCCCGGAGCAGAACAACCACGAGCACAUGUGUAUGGAGGGCCCCGGGGAGGCGACUGCCGGCUUGGCGCCGGCCAUCCCUCUCUUGCCGACCAUCCCCAGGAUCCCGCUGCAGGACGAUGGACCGCGGCUGACGCCGUGCUCCAAGUACGCGCGAGCCAACUCCUACGUCUUCCUCAACGGGACCGGGCGCUGUGCUCCUCUUUGCGACGCGGAUGUGCUGUUCACGCGGACGGACAAGACGCUAGCCGGGGUUUGGUUCUCGAUCUGGGCCGGGUUGUGUUUCUUUGCGUCGCUGGUGGCGUUGUUGACGUUCCUGGUGGAGGCGAGGGAUGAGCGCGCGCGGUCUUACUACUUCCACCACCCGCAGGUGUGUUUGGUGUUGUGCUAUAACUUGGUGAGUGUCGGGUGGGGGCUGACGGCCAUCCUGGGUCAUACGCGCGUCGCGUGUCAUCUGGAGCCGGUGGAUCCGGAGAAACUUUUGUUGGCCCAGUACGGGUCCGGAAAAGCUGCUUGUGCUCUCGUUUUCUUCUUCCUUUAUUUCUUCGGAACGGCGUCGCUAGUCUGGUGGACACAGCUUUGUCUAGCGUGGCUCAUGGCAAGCGUCUCGCAGCCAACUCAAGACGAAACGAAAUUCCGCAUUCCUCUCUUCCAAAUUUCCGGCUGGGGACUUCCGGCCAUUCAGACCGUUGCCGCCUUAGCAAGCAGAUCUGUCGAUGCUGAUGAACUGACAGGGAUCUGCUCGAUCGGGAACCAGAGCUCGCAGGCGCUGCUGGUGUUGGUGGUGGUGCCCCAGCUGGUCUACCUCAUCCUGGGGAUGUCCUUCCUGGGGGUGGGCUACCUGACGCAGUACCGCUCCUGCUCCGGGAAAUCGGGGAAAGACCGGGUGUCGCCGGACGCCCACGUGGGGGUGUUCUGCCUCAUCUGCGGGAUGCCGGCCGUCUGCGUCCUCCUCUCGCACCUCUACGAGCUCUGGCUCCGGGAAGAGUGGCUCCUGGCCGUCCUGUCGGCCACGCCGCGGGCCCAGCCGAGGCCCCAGCUCUGGGUCUUCCUUACCCGGAUCUUCAUGUCCCUCGUCACCGGCGUCGUCGUCAGCGCCUGGGUAUCCUCCCCGCGAUCCCUCCAGGUCUGGAGGCGCCUCUGGAAGAAGCUCGAGCCCAGGUACAAGACGACUCCCGUCAAGUGUCACCAGACUAUACAGUAUUACCACCCCCAGGCCCACGCACACACGCACACUCACCCCAGGACGAAGAAGAUCCUCCACAAACACGCCGGUAGUGAGACUAUCGUGUAGGCCCGGAGGUGAUUCUGGAGUCCCUUUAUAGGCCUGACUAUCUUCUCCGCGCAAAGUACAUUUGUGGGAAUUUUUCCGAUUAUCGUUGCCGCACAAAAUCAUUUUCGCACGGAUAAUUUUCUGUAGUAUAUGUGGCAACGCCGAGAAAAAUAUGAGGCAUAUUUAAGAAAAAUCAGUGAGAGAUUGCGAUGUUGCCAGAUGUUUGAGAUCUGAUCUGUGAGAAAAUGAUUUUGUGCGGCAACGAUAAUCGAAAAAUUACCUUAAAUGUACUUUGUGCGGAAAAGAUAUUCUGCCCUUUAUACUGAGAGUUAAGGCAAUGUGAAUCCAUUUCUGAUUGGUUACCGUAUUUUAGGCCUCCACGGUGUCACGAACGGGAAUAAAGAUUACGUUUUCACCAACUGCAAAGAUUAUAAUCUGGAAUGGAUCGAGGAAUUACAUGUUUGAUAAGGAGCAAAUGGAAUGAGAGAAGGAAUGGAGAAAGGAAUUUGAGAAUGAGCCGACCAACGAUUACGAACAACGUUCAAUUUGUGUAAUCUUUAUUCUCGUUUGUGACUCCAUGAGGGGGUGUUGUCUCAACUCUCGGUGUAAAGGGACUCAAGGUAAUUCAACCGGGUUCAGAGGCGAAUCCAGCAAUUUGGCGACACCGGCUUUCCUCCAUCUAAAUAUCGAUUCUUGUCCGAGCACCUGGCCCCUCCAAGAAUCGAUACAUUUCCAUAGGUUGUAAUGGAGAAAAGACAAUGUUGCAAAGUUGCUGGAUCCACCAAUAACCGGGCUUAGGAAAAACGCCGCAUAAGCCUUUAGACGUUGCCAUAUUUUCUCCAAUGAAAACUGGAAUAAAUGGGGGAUUGUGUAAAUUUUUCCUCAUAGUUUACGUGCAAUUUUGAUCUCGAUUUCAUCUAAAAUAUCUAAAAAUCUCAAGGAGAAAUAUGCAUGCGUUUCCUCAAAAAUGCAUGUUUUCUUCGAAGAAACUUGGCAACUCUCGAAUCUUCGUACGGCGUUCUUCCUUGGUACGAUAGAAAAUCGACGGCUGAAGUACGAAACCACGAAUCUCCGUUUGCGACCUUGUGAUCCUCCUGUCGUACCUCGUUUGAACUAGUCUACGUAAUUUAUUGAUAACUGCCCUGAUUCUUUUUCUUCAGUAGCAGAAUAUUUUGUAUAAAUUUCAAGCUAGUUGGCUCGUUCUUCUUCGAAUCAAUACAACUGGAGCUGCCCCAGUAGCCAUAGCUCUUUAAAAAAAUUCUACAGAAAGUUGUCGAAUAAAAUGUAAAAAACUUGAAAAAUUCAAGAGUUCGUAAAUUUUGAGUAAAAAAAACCCAAAAAAUACUCGUUUUAGGACUCUCUUUUGGGGAAUGCUUUUAAAUAAAAAAUAGUGUUAUUUUAAUUAAAAGAAAACGUAAAGUUUACGCAAAAAUCAACAAACUAUUUCCUCAAUUUUUAUGGGCUUUAACUUUUCCUUUAUACUUUUCUGUGCACCACUUUUUUCCCUCGUUUUUGCCAGGAAGUUUUUAAAAACAUUACUUAAAUUAUACUUAAAAUUUACGUAAGAAAAUUUACUUAAAAAUUUUCUUCAAUUCUAUGUAAAAAGAGUCCUAAAAAGGAUCUCUUGAUACGCAUAUUUCAAGAGGUUUUUUACGUAAUUUUCAAGUGCUUUUUUUUUACAAGUUUUUUUUACAACUUUUCUCAACAGCCACUGCUCCUAUGUGAAGGGUGAAAUUUCGAAACACCAUGAUGAAGAUACGUGGUUUCGAACUUACUCGUCGACAUACUCAAACAUACAGGGUGUCUCAAAAGACGAAUAUUUUUAGAAUCAAUAUUGGGGUCAAAGUAAAACUUUGUUGUUCUGUUUCGUUUUCCUAAAAAAUACCUCUUCAAAACUCCAAGCUUCCCUCUAACUCCUGAAAAUAUGAUGUUGGUUCUUCUGAGGUCAGAUGUGUAUUCAGCGUGUAUGAGUACCUAAGUGUAUUUGUCACGCAUUUUCAUUGAUAACUAUCGUCACAAUAAAAAAAUUGGUGUUUGGUUCAAAGCGGGGUGUCAAAAUUGAAGGAUUAUUUUGGUGUUCACAGCUGAAAUCUUUCCACUUUUUCGAUCGUUAGUUUGCGCUUUUCUUGAUGAAGCUCGUUUAAAAGUAUCUCUUCUUGUACGUCUAUUUUGUCGUUAUUGCACAGAUUUCAUGUUUAUUUUGCUGUCUGUAAUUUAAGGGUGCUGUUAGCUUUUAUUCUUAUUUUCUUUUUCUUUUUUCUUUUUUUGCUUUUUCUAAAUUUAAAAAUUAAACUGGAAAAAAAUAUUGCAUGUUUUGCCAGGAAUGAUCUCCUGACUUUUAUCAAUUGUUGUGUUUUUCGACAACUUUUUUAUGUGAAAAAUUAAGGGUUCGAUGCAUCUGAGGUUAAUCAAAGUACUCGUAUAUUUAAGGAAAACUGUGAUAUUUUUAUUCUUUAUGAGUAUCGUGUGCACUUUAAAAGUGGCAAUAAACGAAAAUAUGAUAUUCCACAAAAUGCACUUUUAGUUCCUAUUCAAAAUUUUAGAAAAAAAAAAAAAUAUAAAUGUAACUGAAAGGAUACGGGGUAUUUAUGUGGGUGCUGAACUCAAAUACCUUUCCAAUUCAUAUAAAUAUCAUGCCUGUAUUCAAAUCAAUAAUUCUUACUUCCGGAUUCAAAUUUUAAUUGCUCUGAUGAAUUAUUUAUCUCAAAUUGUGUAAAUGAUGCAGUAUUACUGUUAAUUGUCGAAUUGUUCUGUAUAAAAUAUGUACAUGUUUGUAAAUAUAAAAUGUGAAUAUACAAAGAC